AUGUGUUCUCUGGUUCUAUACCUUGUGGUGCUGGUCGUUCUCGUGAUAGAGUGCUCAGCCUUCCUCGUCUUUUCGCCAGGCGUCUGUCCCAGUGUGCCAUCCAUGUUGACCUUUGACCUGAAGAAUUUCCUGGGCAGAUGGUACAUCUACGAGACCUUUGAUGUGCCUUUCCAGUACGGCAUCUCUUUGUCCUUACUGGAAGGUCGGCAGCCCAACUACCGUGUGGUCAGCACCGACUACACUAGCUAUGCCGUGAUCUACUCGUGCACGCGGCCCACCGUCCUUCCUUUCCGUAUGGGUGAGAACUAG